UUUCUUUCUUGAUGAUAAUCAUAAAUUAGAGUAGUCAUUAUACGAUAUAUUUCUCAUUCUUCCAGGAAAGCGUCACUGCAUUGUGAAACUUGACCAUAUUAACUCAUCUACUGUUUUCUGUUAUUUAUAUAAGACGAAUACAAGUACAGUAAAAUAAGUGCAGCUGAGAUGUGCUCGCUAUCCGCAACAAGCGAAGCCGCGGAGCUGUCCUCCGACGAAUUCAUCCCGGUUGUGAGAAGACGAAACCGAAUACCGAAGAAAGAUAAUCGUGUUCUUGCUGAUCGCCAUCGAACUAUGUUGCAUGCCGUUCCUUCGCAUAUCUUCCACAGUAGUGAGGAAUUCGUCAAUAACAUUCACGAACUGGACAGUUUAAUUGGUCGUGCAAAGCAAAGGAUCCAGAACGAGCACGGAUCGUUUUUUCUGACGGAUAUCUCAGCAGCUUUCGCCGAUGGAUUUCAACGCUAUCUUCAAAAAGAUGGCCCGAACGAAAUUGUUUGUUAUGCUUUGGGAAGAUUUUCUGUUCCUUCCGACUGGAGCUUUUCUUGUCGACUUCAAUUGAUUCUUCUCGUAGAACUCGCACAGUUUUUCAAAGUUCCUGUUUAUAUUUAUGAUCCAGCGUUUUCGAAUUUGGAGAAGCACUAUUUACGGUCGUCCUAUUGUGGAUUCGAAGUGAUCGACCAAGAUGAGAAAGCGCGGUGGGUAGCGAAACCUUGGACAUUAUUCUACAUGAUUCAUGCUGACAGUGAAUUGUACAUGAACUUAUUCCAGUUUAAUUUCGAAAUUGAUACGCUCGCAAAUCUGGUUUUAUUUGGAAAUUCUAUUCAGAACGUUUUCCCUGAAUUCCAAGAAAACGCUUCUCCAGUGAAAAAUAAUCCGCGCAAAACAUCGAGAUAUCGGAGAACAAGCUCCCAUGACGUGAAAGAACCGAAUGCCUUGUUUCAGUUGUUUGGUAAUGUUAAUGUGCACACUGUGAAAAUCCCCGAUGGAGGCUCAAACGGAUUAUUUUGGACUGCCUUGUCCGGCGAUACAUUUCUGCAGUUCUUAGUUCCUAAAAAUGAGCCCGGAAUUGUGUAGCAACUUAUAAACUUGCAAUCACAAAGCCUAUUGCAUUGGAUGAAUCUCCUUAUCUAGAUUUUAUUGAAAGCGCACCAGAAUCUCAAAACUUCGGUGGUUUACUGAUUAGUCAAAUGAGCCAAAUUAUCUAUAACGGAUACACCCGAUGGUUCCAAUCUGUGCUGUUUUUCUUUACAUAGUAUCAGUGCUCACUGUUAAACCUCAAAAAUUUGAAUUUUUGUAGACAUACAUACGUAAUAAAGACGUUCAGCGUUUG